CUGAGAGUUAAAAAAAAAUCAUAAAAUAUUCUACACUCUGGCUAUUCAUGCUUUCUACUUCUUCUUCUUCUUAUCACGCAUUAUGAAUAUGAGAUCUCAGCCAUGGACUAUAUUUGCAAGAACUCUUAUCGAAAUAUUGAUAACUUGGAACUCCAUUUCGGAAGCUGCUAAAAUCAUCAGUUUACCAGGACAGCCUCAAGUCAGUUUCCAACAGUAUUCAGGCUAUAUAACUGUGGAUGAAAGCACAAAAAGAUCACUCUUUUACUACUUUGUUGAAGCUGAAACUGAUCCUGCUUCAAAGCCUCUUGUUCUCUGGCUAAAUGGAGGGCCUGGUUGUUCUUCCGUUGGAGCUGGGGCUUUUUGUGAACAUGGACCCUUUAAACCAAGUGGAAAUAUUCUUCUUAAGAAUGAUUAUAGCUGGAAUAAAGGGGCAAAUAUGCUGUACUUGGAAUCCCCUGCAGGAGUUGGUUUUUCCUACUCGGCUAAUCAAUCAUUCUACACAGAAGUGAAUGAUGGGAAGACUGCACAUGAUAAUCUUGAGUUCCUUCGGCGCUGGUUCCUCGAAUUCCCGGAGUACAAAAGCAGGGAUUUUUUCAUCACAGGAGAGAGCUAUGCAGGGCAUUAUGUUCCACAGCUUGCACAACUUAUUGUCGAAUCAAAAGUAAACUUUAGUCUGAAAGGAAUAGCAAUAGGUAAUCCUCUUCUGGAAUUCAACACUGAUUUCAAUUCGCGCGCGGAGUUCUUUUGGUCUCACGGAUUGAUAUCAGAUUCAAGUUAUGAAAGUGCCACAUUAGUGUGUAAUUAUUCCACGUACAGAAGACAAAUUCAGAUCAUUGGCAGUGUCAGCCCUGCUUGCUAUGGAGUUUGGAGACAAGCCUUUAAGGAAGUGAGUAAAUUCGUCGAUUUGUACGAUGUUACUCUCGAUGUCUGUUUAUCCUCAGUUUCCACUCAAUCUCUGAUGCUUAAUCAUCUGCAAGAAACAGCAAAGAUUGAUGUGUGUGUGGAAGAUCAAACGACCAAAUACUUAAACAGAAAAGAUGUGCAGAAGGCUUUUCAUGCUGAGCUUCAUGGAGUAACUGAAUGGACAGUUUGCAGCAAUGUCGUCAGGUAUGAUAUGCAAAACCUUGAAAUACCAACAAUUCACGUCCUUGGUUCCCUUGUCAAGUCUGGAAUCAGGGUUUUAGUUUACAGUGGAGACCAAGACUCAGUUCUCCCACUAACUGGGUCAAGAACUCUGGUAAAUGGAUUGGCAAAGGACUUGGCACUAAACACUACUGUGCCUUACAGAGCCUGGUUUGAAGGAAAACAGGUUGCUGGUUGGACACAAGUGUACGGUGAUAUUUUGUCUUAUGCAACUAUUAGGGGAGCAUCUCAUGAAGCUCCCUUUUCACAGCCAGAGAGAUCUCUUGUUCUAUUCAAUGCGUUUUUAGCAGGAAAACCUCUGCCGGAAGCUUUCUAAAAAUUUCAGAAACACUUCUUCCGUGAACUUUAACAAACAAAAGAGAAAAUUUAGAGCAGCUUGAAGUGUGGAAUCCCAUUAUAACCUUUCACAUUUCACAUUUCAAAUUCUUCGCCAGCUUGUCAUUGAAAUCAUCAAAACUUGUGCACAUCA